UGUUUUACAUCACUCUCACAACACAAGAACACCCAGUGAAAGUGACCCUCUCCCACGUCAAUUAAGACCAUGCCAUGGCAUAAUUUGCAAUGGCUGAAAUAAGAUCCCACUACAGCUACCACCACAUAGUGUAAUUAAGUUAAGAGAGAGAAAACAAACAAGGAGAAAGAGAAAGCUGGACCUCCCUGCUUGGUACGUAGAUAGAGACUCUGCUACAGUGUUGCAGGUUGUAGCAGAACCGCUGCCAGAUAGUUUUAACUUUAGUCCAUUAAUUUAUUCACUUCACAUCACUCCAUUAAUAUUAGUAUUAUCACUAGUAAUUCUACCCAGCAAGCAUGCUAUUACACAGAGAGAGAGUGUCUAUGUGCCAGGGUGAUGUGACGUGAUUACAAAACAAAGCACUGCUUCUUCUGUAACACACCCUUCAAAACCAGAAAAAAAGCAUGUUAUCCCAUCACAUCAUUUGAACGAGUUCUAUUCUAAACCUCUCAAAGCCUUUCUCUUUCGCGGUUCUUGCAUUUGAUGCUGUUAUGGCGUUUUGGUUUGGAUUCCUUCUUCUGGUUCUUCUCCUUCCUUUGGAUUUGGUGAAAUCUGACGACGGAGCAACGUUGUUGGAGAUGAAAAAGUCGUUGAGGGAUGUGGAUAACGUUCUGUUUGACUGGACUGACUCACCUUCUUCAGAUUAUUGUGUCUGGAGAGGGGUUACUUGUGAAAAUGUCACUUUCAAUGUGGUUGCACUGAAUCUUUCAGGACUGAAUCUUGAAGGCGAGAUUUCACCUGCAUUAGGGAGGCUUAGCAGCUUGGUCUCCAUUGAUCUCAAGGAAAACCGUUUAUCUGGGCAGAUACCUGAUGAACUUGGUGACUGUUCCUCCUUGAAAAACGUAGAUUUCUCUUUUAAUGAGAUUCGGGGAGAUAUACCGUUUUCAAUUUCGAAGAUGAAACAACUGGAAAAUCUAAUCUUGAAAAAUAAUCAGCUCAUUGGACCAAUUCCUUCAACUCUCUCUCAGGUUCCUAACUUGAAGAUUCUAGACCUGGCACAGAAUAAUCUCAGCGGUGAGAUACCAAGACUUAUAUACUGGAAUGAAGUUUUGCAAUAUCUUGGCUUGCGAGGUAACAAUUUGUCGGGUUCACUUUCUCCAGACAUAUGCCAGUUAACUGGAUUGUGGUAUUUUGACGUGAGAAACAAUAGCUUGACAGGCAAUAUUCCUGAAAACAUAGGCAAUUGUACUGCUUUCCAGAUCUUGGAUUUAUCUUACAACAAGCUAUCUGGAGAGAUACCAUUCAAUAUUGGUUUCCUACAAGUAGCAACUCUGUCAUUGCAAGGCAAUAAACUCUCAGGUUAUAUUCCAUCAGUUAUCGGUCUGAUGCAAGCCCUUACUGUUUUAGAUUUGAGCUGUAACAUGCUAAGCGGGCCAAUCCCUCCUAUAUUGGGAAAUUUAACUUACACAGAAAAACUGUAUUUAUAUGGAAACAAGCUGACCGGUCGCAUCCCCCCGGAGCUCGGAAACAUGACGAAGCUUCACUAUUUGGAAUUGAAUGAUAACCUUUUAAGUGGACAAAUCCCGCCUGAGCUUGGAAAGCUUACUGAUCUGUUUGACUUAAAUGUUGCCAAUAACAACCUUGAGGGUCCAAUUCCCGAGAAUCUCGGCUCAUGUAAAAACCUCAACAGCCUAAAUGUGCAUGGGAAUAAGAUGAGUGGAACAAUUCCCUCAGCUUUUCAAAGCUUGGAGAGUAUGACCUAUCUGAAUCUUUCUUCAAACAAUUUUCAAGGGUCUAUUCCAAUUGAACUUUCACGGAUCGGAAAUUUGGAUACACUGGAUAUAUCAAAUAAUAAUAUAAUUGGUUCCAUUCCUUCUUCCAUUGGUGAUUUGGAACAUCUUCUGAAAUUGAAUCUGAGCAGAAAUCAUUUAACAGGCUUUAUUCCGGCAGAGUUUGGUAAUCUAAGAAGUGUCAUGGAUGAUGUGAAGUCGUCUAAUAUAUUACUAGACAAAGACUUGGAGCCCCAUCUCACCGAUUUUGGCAUUGCAAAGAGUCUAUGCCCUUCUAAGUCCCACACUUCCACUUACAUAAUGGGCACCAUUGGCUACAUAGACCCCGAGUAUGCUAGAACUUCUCGUCUCACUGAGAAGUCUGAUGUGUAUAGCUACGGUAUUGUAUUACUUGAGCUUCUAACUGGGAGGAAAGCUGUGGAAAACGAAUCAAACCUUCAUCAUCUGAUUUUGUCCAAGACAGCUAAUGAUGCUGUAAUGGAAACCGUUGACCCAGAUAUCAGUGCCACAUGCAAGGACAUGGGAGCAGUAAAAAAGGUUUUUCAGCUUGCUCUUUUGUGCACCAAGAAGCAACCAGUGGAUAGACCCACAAUGCACGAGGUGACCCGCGUUCUGGGGAGUCUAGUGCCACCAAAAGAAUCAGUCCCAACGCAAGUACUUUUACCUCAUUCACAGCCAUCUGCAAAAAUGCAAUCCUACAAGGAUGAAUACGCCAAUCUUAAAGCUCCACACUUGGUCAACUGUCCAUCCAUCAGCACCUCUGAUGCGCAACUCUUCCUCAAAUUUGGAGAAGUAAUAUCUCAAAACAGCGAGUGAGAGCACUUUAAGAAUCAAUGUAUAUUUAAGUCACAGAGGAAAUAUGUCAAAUACUUUGUAUGCAACAUGGUCCAUCUGGAUAAACUAGGAACAAAAUCACUCCAGUAAUUUUUUGGUGUAAUGCCUAACAUUUAUCUACACUGCACUAAUUGUACUACCUUUUUUCAUUAAACUAAUUGUACUACCUUUAUUCAAAGGUCAUUUAAUGACACAAUACUAUUAUGCUAAUGAAAAAAGACAAUAAAUUACAUUGCAAUUUGCACA